AUGGCCUCUCGAACUACUAUCUUCAUUACUGGAGCCAACACCGGCCUCGGGCUUCACACCGUGAAGGCUCUAUACAGAUCAACAAACAUAUACGACAUCUUGCUUGGUGCUCGAGACUCGAACAAGGCUUCAGCUGCUAUCGACGAAAUCAAACAAGAGUACCCCAACUCUACGAACAGCAUUGAGGGAAUCCAAAUCGACCUUCAGGAUGACGCUUCGAUCGCUCAAGCGUUCGAAACAGUCUCCAGAAAACAUGGCAAGAUUGAUGUUCUUCUCAACAAUGCGGGAGCGCAAUUCGACCAGCAGGUACCCAAGGGCAACAUGACAAUAAGAGACAUGUGGAACAAAUCUUGGGACGUCAACGUGACUGGUACAUAUAUAGUGACCGAAGUCUUUGCUCCGUUGCUUCUCAAAUCGUCUCACCCACGACUGGUCUUCAUCACCAGUGGCACAAGCACCCUCACAGAGCACGACAACUUAGCGAUGCCCAUAAACCGCUCCCCUCCCAAAGGCUGGCCCAAGGAAUCCUUUGCAGUCACGGCGUAUCGAGCAGCCAAGACUGGUAUGAAUAUGAUGGUGCUGGAAUGGGCCCGAAUGCUCAAGGAGGAUGGCGUCAAGGUGUUCGCAGUCAGCCCUGGCAUGCUAGCUACAGGUUUGGGUGGUGAUCCCGAGGCUAUGAAGAAGAUGGGAGCAAUUGAUCCGAAGAUUGGAGCGGAACUCGUUCGCGAUGUCGUCGAAGGUCGCCGGGACGAGGAUGUCGGGAAGGUGGUGCGCAAGAAUAACGUUCAGCCAUGGUAG